UGAACGAUCUAGUGCACAUUUGUCAUCUGCGUGCCGUGAACCACUCCCGUGUGCGGUGUUACCCGUGUUUUCGCGAUCCUCGUUAAAGCAAACUGAGCAACAUGGCUGUUAACGUGUACGCUACAAACAUGACAUCGGACAAUCUUAGUCGCCACGACAUGCUGGCAUGGGUGAAUGACUGUCUGCAAUCUUCGUUUACCAAGAUCGAAGAGCUCUGCACUGGAGCAGUCUAUUGUCAGUUCAUGGACAUGCUUUUCCCAGGCAGUGUACCUUUGAAAAGGGUCAAGUUCAAGACCAAUCUGGAGCAUGAGUAUAUACAGAAUUUCAAAAUUCUCCAAGGUGGCUUCAAAAAGAUGAAUGUGGAUAAGAUUGUGCCAAUUGAUAGGCUGGUGAAAGGCAGGUUCCAAGACAACUUUGAGUUUUUGCAAUGGUUCAAGAAAUUCUUUGAUGCAAACUACUCGGGAGCAGAGCCGUAUGAUGCGCUUGCUAUGCGAGGAGGAGAGCCUAUGGGUAGUGGCGGAAAUAAUGCACCUCGUGGUGGUUCUAACGCGAAACGUACUUCUCCACGUGACACAAUAAGUUCGACUAAACCGGCUCCUCGUACUACUGGUGAGGGACAUCCAUCUACCAUGCGUGCAGAUAGUACAAACUCUUUAGUAAAUAAAGUUCAACAGCCGUACCGUGCGCCUCCCAAAAACACAGUUGGCAAUCGUGGCGAUAACGGAAAAAUUGAGGAACUUAGUGCGCAGUUGGUUGAACUUAAAAUGUCAGUCGAAGGUCUGGAAAAGGAGAGAGAUUUCUAUUUUGGAAAAUUACGUGACAUAGAAGUCAUGUGCCAAGACUGUGACAACGGCGGCGAUCCUCCACCUAUUGUACAGAAAAUUUUAGAAGUCCUUUAUGCAACAGAGGAUGGUUUUGCACCACCUGAGGAAUUGGAAGGUGACGGACUUGCGCCUGACGACGAGGAGGAAUAUUAACCUUUUUUAUUUACGGAUGUAAUCGAAAUGAACAACAGCAAAUUAUCCAAGUGCGUUUCAGUUUAUCAUGUCUGUGAGCCAGUAUCAUUACCCCUUGCAUAAUUAUUACAUAAGCUAUUUUACAUGAGCAAAUUCAACCGUUUUUGCGCGGAUUGUGCAUACAUUUUGUUAAUAAAGUUCACUGAAAUCAUUAAGAUUCGCACAACAUUAGAAUAGAUUUAAGUUGAGUAGUGCACUUGAAUAACUUGUUCUUUAUUGGCCGUUACUAAAAGAGGGAAAGAAAUGGAGAAAAUUA